CCCACUCAAACCGUUGAGUCUUUCACCACCUAGCUGUUGCUAGCUGUCUUUAAUCCCUUCCCAUGUGACCCCUCUAAUUCCCCUUAUUCUCUCUCCAAAACCUUAGGACCUUAGAAAAACAUUACUCCAUGCAAUUAUGUCCAUAACAUUACAUACUCUAACAAAAGAAAACAUAUCAUAACGAGGUUUGUGUAUUCUAUAUGACACAAUAUUAAUUAGGUGUGUUGCCUCUCAUCAUCAUCAUCAUCUCUUUAUUAUACCUCUCUCGUUUAUGUCUCCCACACUAGUUUUAGAAACCCAAGAACAAGAUUUUUAAGUAAGAUUUGCGGUUGUUUGUGUGUUGGUUAGGUUGUUGGGAUCUCUCUCUUUUUUCUAUAUCUAUUUUCUCAAACACUUAGAUAUACACAAGGCCAUAAGUAGUACACAAAAAUUUCGGUUAAAAUUCUCUAUAUUUGGGGGUCACAUAUACAUAGGGAUUAAUUAAUGGCACAGUUACCUCCUAAAAUACCAACCAUACCCCAAAAUUGGCCAUAUUUUCCACACCAAAGGGUAUCAUCAACCACAAUGUCAAACAUCACCUCCACAACCACCACCACAACAACCAAUACUCAUCAUGAUGAUAAUCAAUCAUCAUGGAUUGACGAAUUCCUCGAUUUCUCCUCGGCAAGGCGAGGGAGUCACAGACGCUCUGCCAGUGACUCUAUUGCCUUCCUCGAGACAUCAUUUCUCGAGGAAGAUUGCAGGAGUGGUGGAGCUGGUGGUGGUGGUGGUGGAGGUUUUGAUGGACUAGACGACGACCAACUAAUUUCCAUGUUUUCUGACAAUGUUCCUGGUGUCGUCUCGUUUAUGCCUCCACCGAUGUCAUCAACCUCUAACCCAUCUUCGCCGUCGUCCGACCAAAAUAGCAAUAACAAUGAAGAGAAACCAAUGGCAAUGGUGUUGGAUUCUUCACCAAGUCAAGAACAUUAUCAUCAUGAGGUGAAGCCUAAGGAUGAAGCCGUUGAAGAUGAAAGCUCGUGUAAGAUUGAAGCAGAGGCAGCGCAGCCAUCCUCCGCCGCAACCAUCACCUGCACUGAAACCGUUGUUGAUCCCAAGAGGGUCAAAAGAAUUUUGGCUAACCGGCAAUCAGCUCAGAGGUCAAGGGUGAGAAAGCUACAAUAUAUUUCUGAGCUUGAAAGGAGUGUAACAUCUUUGCAGACGGAGGUUUCAGCAUUGUCACCAAGAGUAGCAUUCUUGGACCAUCAACGUUUGAUUCUUAAUGUCGACAACAGUGCCUUGAAGCAACGGAUUGCAGCAUUGGCUCAGGACAAGCUUUUCAAAGACGCUCAUCAAGAAGCACUAAAGAAGGAAAUAGAAAGGCUAAGACAAAUCUAUCACCAACAAAGCAUACACAAGAUGGGUAAUUCAAAUAAUAACAAUGGUCCUUCUCUUCAAUCUACACAAACAUCACAACCACAACAACAAAACUCAAAUUUCCAUCAACACUUGGGAUGCAAAGACAAGGAGCAACUCCUUAGUUAAGGAAAAGAAAGAUAGAAAAAGUGGAUGCAUGAAUUAUGUCCCUUGGUGCUAACAUGUGAUAUGUUCCCUAUCAAAGUUAAUGUGGGGCUCCUAACACAAAGUUAUGAGUAAUUGGAGGAUAGGAAGUUGACACGUGGAUUAAUUGGUUUAAUAGAUAUUGGUGAUUUUUUUUAAUUUCCAUUUUUUUAAGGUAAUUAUUUGGGAUUGGUUUGGAGUUAUAAGAUUUAAUUUCUUAUGAUUUUUUUACACUUUUUGUUAUUUUGUUUUUAACAGAAAAUUAUUCUCAAUGAUUUAUUUUGGGGUGGAAUAUAAGGGGACAAAGCAUAGUGGAUUUGUAUUGGAAUAUGUAAUGUAAGGGAAUGGAAGCCAUCAGAGAAUUAUUUUCUCCUUCUUUUUAUGUGGAGGAAAGGAGGUGUCUGAUUGAUGUAUUUUUUUUACUUAGGACUAAUUGUCUAUGAAUUCACAUUUCUUCUUUUUUGUUCAUUUUAA